UGGACAAGAAUAUUUUUUGCGCGUCCACCACCGUCUCGUCGUCGCCCAACACGACCCUGAUCCCUCCUGGCCUACGCGACUUGCUUGUGCCGUGCACGCGCCCUUUAGCCGUCUCGCAGUGAAGUGAAUUGAUUGACCACCUUGACCACACAACACUGGGACGUGCCCCGCUUACUCUGUCCCCCAGACUGGGACCCGGUAACCCCAUCCAGGGGCUGUCUUCGCAUCGCGACUCGUGAUGCUCUCUCGCCGACUCCCCCCAAGAUAGUCCGACAUACGUCUGGUGCCAUGCCGAGCUGGCGACCGCUCCCGCGAAUCGCUUUCGCAAUCUGCAUAUACCCCUUCCAGCCGUCGUCGCCCGCAGACCUGCCCCUCGAAAUCGGAGACGAAUUGUACAUCAUCGAGCAGGGUGGAAGAGAUGGCUCAUGGUACCGCGGGUACUUGGUUGCGCCGCCCUCGCUGCUGGCCGGCUUGACCAGCGUCAAGGGACAGACGCUGGAGGCACGCGUCUUCUCGGGCAUCUUCCCGCGCUCAUGCGUCGAGGUGCGCGAGGUGCUGGGCGAAGCUGCUAAUAAGGAAACUGGCGCCCUGGAAGUUGGAAAUGAGACAGGCCGCGGUAGUCAUUACGAACAUGGCGCUGCCAACGGCGUUGUCACGCCCACCGAAAGCACACGUGCCACAUCACCCACUGCAAAAGGCGCAGGACUUCAAGCGCGAAGAGCCUCCAAGACCGAUGCCGUCUCCGCCCUACCCUCGUCCGCUGCCCGCCCCCUCUCGCGCCCCAAGUCCAACAGGAAGCGUGCCGGCAGCACUACUUCGCAAUGGACCGCCCGCGAAGAACACCUCCAGCAACUCAUGCUGCCAUUGUCGCCCGUAUCCGACCCCAAUGCGCCGCGGCCGCCUGCCCCCGUCCCCAUGUUGAAGAUUGGCGACGAGACACCUACAUCUGCCCAAGAGCCAUUGGUUGACGAAAUCGCGUCUUGCCUGCGGGAAUGGCACUCUACAAAAGUACACGAGCUUCUUCUGGCACGGAAAUACAGCUCCCUGGACAAAAUGACUACGCUAGUCAAUCGUCUGGAUAUUGCGCGCCGCCAGCUGUUGCACAAGGUGCUCACCACCAAAGAGCUGGAAAAGGUACGCGAGGCAACCGUGUGGAAUCUGGUGGCGGGCAAUAAGAUGCUCUGUGGGGACGUCAUUGUGCGGAGUCCCUCGCAGCGUGGCCGCAUCUUGACUGGCGACGACUCGGCUAUUGAUGUCACAAAGCUACAGUCGAUGAUGAGCUUGUUGGAGAGCCGCCCCAUCUCCCCAGUCGACGAGCACAACCUCCACCACCUAUUCGUGAGCUUGAAGCAUGUCGUUGGAGACGUUGUGCAGGGAGCUGCCCAAGUGAGCAUGCACUUGUGUUUGAAGACACCGGGCACAGCGCCACGGCCCCUCUCAGAAGCUUAUUCUUUUGAUUUGACCGCACGAGAUGGCUCAGCCAUCUCGCUAGCAGGCGACAAAUUACGAGCACUGCUUGUAGACCUCAGCUCAACCGAUAUUGGCGACGGCGCGGGGUCUGGAUCGACCCUGUACCUUGUCUUCAGGCUGAUGACCAACGUGCCGCUACGCUCAGCAACGGUAGCAGAAAAGGCGAGCAUGACAAGAGACAGCACGCCAAACAACGCGCCAGGUGUGCAGGCUUCCCAACUUGGAAGCAUCAAGGGUGGACGGCGCAGUGUCAUGUUUGGCUCAAAACGAAAGGAAUCCACCAACUCCAGGCACCUCGGCUCAUCAGACGGACGUCAGCCGAGCUUCGACGCCAGUCGAUCACAGAAUUCCGAUGAACGACCCGAGUCUGCAACCACGAGAGCUAGAGCACAGUCCAGAGACCAAAAGACGCUGAAGAGAGCCGUUGCAGUUGGUGUGGUGUGUGUAAAUCAGCUCAUGCAAGCCCAGUCGGAGGCGGAUCAGGUCGUCACUUUGUGGUCUACUGCUACAGCGCUCGACGAGUUGUCAGAAGACGACAGUGGUUGGGAUAGUUUGUUGACUGAGAUUUACCCAAGCUCAAGUGGCAAGUAUAAACGGAACGCUCCUAUAAGUCAGCUUACCGUCCGCCUCAAGGCAUUUGUUCAUCCUGAUGCUCAAGGGCUAAUCGAGAAAAUACCGACUCUGCUUCACAACAUCAAGCAGACGCGCAAGAUUGGCUUCUCAGGAGCCCCGACAAAGCCACGAAGCGACAUCUAUUUGACUCUCGUUGAACCCUUUCUCCCAAAGAACGCAUUCUUAGCGCAUCCUAAAAGUGGCACCGUUCCGCUACUACAGUCCUCGUCAAUGAGCAGUCUUCAGCUGACUAUCGAGGUUCGAAAGAGCUCAGGGGAACGCAUCGACGGAUGCAUCUAUCCUUCCACCAACAGCGCAGGCCAUACCGCAUGGCGCACUACAGCAGUCGAGCGGGGCGAGGGCUGGAACUCGACCAUUCGACUUGCCAUUGAUCCGCAAGAUGUUCCCGGGUCGCAUUUGGUUAUGAGCGUUGCAGACGCGCCAGGCUUCCCAUUUGCCCUAUGUUGGAUGCCACUCUGGAAUCAGGAUGCAUUUACUCGCGACGGAGACCACGCGUUGACGUUGUACAAAUACGACGAGUAUACGUCGGGCAUGAUCGCAGGAAAAGGCGCCUAUCUUGGUUUGCCAUGGAGCGCUAAGAAGAAGGAUGAGCACGUCAUGGGUCCCAUGGCAGCCGUACAUCUCAAGACCUUCCUCUGCAGUACAAAAUAUUCACAAGACCCGAGUAUCCUAGGCCUCAUAAAAUGGCAGGAGCAACCACCUGGAGAACUAGUCGGACUACUACGGCGAUUUAAUUUUGUUCCGGAGAUUGAGAUCGUUAAGCUCCUGGACGUGGUGUUCGAUGCCCUCUUUGCGAUUCAAAGCCACUAUGCGGGAAGUGACGAAUACGAAGAUUUAGUCUUCAGUGCCAUAGUCAUCGUUUUAGGCAUUGUUCAUGACCGCCGAUUCAACCUAGAGCCCUUGGUGGAUCAAUAUGCCCGAACCAAGGUGUUUCACUCCCUUGUUACAUCAUGCCUGAUGCAGAGCUAUGGUCGACUGCUGGCUAAGCCUACAGACUCAGCAAGUUCUCGACAAUUACGAGCCACAUUCAAGGUCGGCAAGCUCAUUAUGAAGUUCCUGGUCAACGCCCGCGAGAAGCAAAAAGCAAAGGAGGAGAGCAUAGGCAUCAAGGACCGGGCCCAGUUCAGCAAAGAAAUGAAAGUACUCUUCCGAUCGCUGGAGGCUCUGAUGAUGAACCCAUCACCAGUACUGGUUGGCACAAAAACUCUGCUGGUGCAAAACUUCCACUCGUGGCUUCCUGAGCUGGAGGGUUGUAUGCCCUCCAUGGACGUGUACAAGCUAACCAAGAGCUUCAUUGAGUCAUGCUCGAAGGUCCAAGGAAAGCUUGUUUUGUACAAAUUAUUACUGAUACAUCAUCUCUCCGAUCUCCAAAUCUUCCGUUCGCCGGAUGUUCGUCGCAUAUUUCUCGCAGAUACUGUAACCUGGCUUGCUCCAUAUUGGGGGAAAGUUGAGUCUGUUACCGACCAGUGGAAAGAGCAAGUGCGCCUGUGCUGCUCUGUAGUUGCAUCUCAAGUGGAAGAGCUUGGGCAAGAAGCCUGUGAAUACAUGCCAAAGUUAGUAGAUUCAUAUCGCGCGAUACAGGCAACGCCGCGACCCACCAAGAAAACGCUCUCACUGCUAUUCCCAACCACGUAUCCUUUUCAAUCGCGGGCGGCAACGACCGAAGCACCCUUCGAUGAGGCCAUGGCUGAAAUUUCGGCCGUACUUGCAGCAAUGUCGAGUCUGCCCACGCUUGUACACUUGGAUUGGCCAAAAGAUGACAUUGCAGAAUUCUUGUUCUCGGUCCUACAAGUCUACAUUUCAAUCCUUGACUGCGAAGCAUACCCUAGCUCGUGGUUGAGCGUGCACAUCUAUCAUCACAAAGCGACCAUGCGUGCUUUGGAGAAGUUGUUCAAUAUACUGGUCGACUCUUUUCUCCCUCUACCUGACGAAGCCGAUCUUUUUAACACAGAGUUGUGGCGAGCCUUCUUCGAUGCGUUACUAAAGCUUGUCGGUAGCGAUGCGCUUGCUCUAGAGACUUUCCCGGAGCAGAAACGGCGAGCCGUGUGGAAAAUCGCUGGCGAUGUCAGGGAGCACGGCGCCGACUUGCUUCAACGCAGCUGGGAGGCGAUCGGGUGGGAGAGCAGCGCUGAAGAUAAAAGCCAGUAUGGACUUGAAAAAAUGGGUGGCUUCCAAGUGCAAUACGUGCCUGGGUUGGUCGCACCUAUCGUGGAACUGUGUCUUAGCGUUCACGAGGGGCUGCGCAGUGUUGCGAUCGAGGUCUUACAGACCAUGAUCAUCAGCGAGUGGACGUUGAGCGAAGACCUCACCCUCAUACAGGCUGAAAUGAUCGACUGCCUAGAUCAUCUCUUCAAAACUAAACAUUUGACAGAGGCAGUGUUGCAGAAACACUUCAUUCAAGAGCUCGUAGAAUUGUUUGUACCGCUAGCGCAGGAUCCCGAGGAGCCAUUGCUCGCAGCACUGAAGGACCUAAUUGCGACAAUCGACGAACUCCUAGACCUCCUUGUAGCUGUCCACAGCACCGAAGCAACGGGUGAGAUAUUCCAUAUCAUGGAUACAUUGCACCUGAUGGAGUUUUUGAAGGAUAUGCAGAAAGAAGACAUAUAUAUCCGCUACGUCCAUCAAUUGGUUGAGCUGCAAGCGGAGGCGCAAAAUUUUACAGAAGCUGGCCUUGCGCUUCGACUACAUGCUGAACUAUACGAGUGGGAUCCAAACCAUACCGUAGACCCGCUGACGGAGCCCAAUUUCCCACCACAACCCUCAUUCGAGCGAAAGGAGCAGUUGUACUUCCAGAUGAUCGAGCACUAUGAAAACGGCCAGUCGUGGGACAACGCGCUAGGAGCCUACGUAGAGCUUGCGACGCAGUAUGAACACAACGUGUUCGACUUUGUUAAGCUGGCUCGUACACAGCAUGCUAUGGCGAAAAUCCACGAGAGUAUCGCAAAGGGCGAGCGUUCCAACCCACGCUAUUUCCGCGUAGUGUACAAAGGCUUAGGGUUUCCAACAGGACUUCGCGACAAGCAAUUCAUCUUCGAAGGGUCCUCAAACGAUCGGCUCGCUUCGUUUACAGAUCGUAUGCAGCAACAACAUCCUUCAGCGCAGAUUCUCAACACGGGGGCGGAGCUAGACCUCGAAGGCCAAUACUUGCAGAUAUUCCCUGUCAGCCCGCAAAAGGACCUCACACAUGCCAUCUACCAACGGGCGAAGGUCUCGCAGCCUGUUAAAGACUACUAUCUUUUGUCCCGCCCUUCUCACUUCACUUCAGCAUCUCGACGUUCGCCGUCUGCUGCUACGACAAAAGAGGCUACUGUCGAGAAGACGGUAUACACUACGGCCGAGACGUUUCCCACAAUCCUACGAAGGAGCGAGAUCGUCGCCGUGGGUACAAUAGCGCUGAGCCCUCUGCAAAAUGCUUUAGAGCGCACAUCACGAAAGACGGUGGAGCUUCUUGCUCUCGAGAAGAGGAUCACAGACGGCGAUGAUACGACUUUCAAUACUCUAACUCAAGAGCUCAUGUAUGCCGUCGACACCAACUCGGAAAAUUGUGUCGCCAAUUACCACGACCUGUUACCCAACCCACAAGAUCGUGGGGGUGAGGAAGAAGAUAGUGAAGCUCAACAAGAAUCGAACCCAUUGGAGAAUGGAUUAAGGGUAGCUUUGGUCGAUUACGCUCUGGUCAUCCGCCGCUGCUUGGGUUUGUACGCAAGGCCCGCGCAACAAACGACCAAAGCAGACCUCACUCAGCGGUUCGAAGCGGCUUUCCACCGGGAAUUGACAGUGCUGAUGCCGCCAAAUAUGCCGCCGCCGCCGAUACGAUCUCCUACCGGCUCAUGGCUGGUUGCAGCCACUUCGCGCCCACAGAGGGCAAGCCCCACGCCAGAUGACACCCAAGUCAACGGCACCAGAAUGACCUCGCCGGCUCCUGAUCGUAGAGCUUCACGGCAGGAUAAAAAGAGAUUGAGCCUCGCCUUCCUUACAAAGGGUGUCCUAAUGGGCGACGCGGUGAAAGAGCAAGAGACUAAAUCUGACAAGCGAUCCAUGGACGAUGAUGAAUCGGUCGCGACAUCAACGCGCAGUCCAAGUAGAGAGAUGAGCAGGAACCGUCUGAGCCUGAGUUUUCUCAAUCACACACCUAAUUCUCCGCAGCCCGAGGCUCUGCCCUCUUUCCCGUCCAACCAUGUCAGCCAUUCAAGCCAGAGUCCAAGUAGUCUUCAACGAACAACCAGCAACAAAAGACCGGAGACGAGCAAGAGUGGCAAGAGCGACAAGUCAUCACGGACGGGCAGCGUGAAGAAGAGGCUGAGUUUUAUGAACAUUACAAAGAAGAGUAGUAAGAACAGUGUCCGGGGACGCGUUAAUGAUACCCUGGUGGAAGAGUGAGAUGGUAUACAUGGACUGUUAGUGUUUCUGAAUUCGUUUCGUAGCGGCCAUAUGCCGCAUAAUUGUCUGGAUAAGUACAGUUUCGCGAAGAGGAUGCUAGGGACGUUGGAUAAUUCGCAUUUGCAGCAGCGACAUUUUGUAAUGUCCGCGCGGCUUUGGUAAUAUUUGUACGAUGAUUUGAGAUGUCUUGUUUAUACCCGAAUUUACCUUCACGCUACCAAAAAACUGCGCGAGGGAGAAGGACGCUCCGCGCUUGCAAUUAGACUUGUUCUUCUGAGCCACGUCCCAUACUUUCCACGUACU